AUGGUGGUGAAUACUGCCCUGCCUGAGCUCGGAUACAACCUAAACAAGCGAAAGCGCUCGAUAGCCAUCAUAUGGACCGCCAUAAUCACCAUUACAUGCAUCCAGUUUGAGGUCUUGUAUUUCACCCUCCACUAUGCAGCACACAAGAAGGAGGACAAGGCACUGGAAAUACCGACCACAAUUUUGCUGGUCCUCUCCGUACUCACAAUCAUAUACCGUUCAUGGCUGCUGAUGAGGAAGGGAUCGCAGUGCAGAAUCAUUGAUGGUAGAUGGUACUCUAUGGACUUCUUCAAUUAUACCGCAAUCCUAGGAUUUGUGAUCGUCACAGCUGUACUUUCCGCCGCCACUGCCGAUGAAGACGUCGACUUGCGCCAAGCAUCCAUGCCGCAGGCCAUCGUCUUGUACCUUGCCGGUGGUCUUCUCACGGUUACGGGUGUUAUGUCGACAUUGGGCUUGAAACUUCCCAUCCGGAUGUCCUCAACACCACGAGGAAGCGUUUGCAAGCCGGGCGUGUUCGUGGUGAUGGAAGACAUCGUAGCCGUCGACGGAGGUGGAGGCGAAGGUUUCCGUCGCGCUUUGCGAGCUAGGUAUGAGGCAAGUGAGACGUUUAGGAGGAUACUCGAGGAACUCAAUUGGUUCUGGGGGUUGGGCUCGGUGGUGGUGGCGACAGUCACAACCAUUGUUGUCUAUGUCGUCAAUGACCUGAACGUGGUGUUCGCGAUUGGUCAGUCUACAAGGCCCAGAACUUGGAAUAUUUGCUAA